GGAGCGGGCAGCUCGAGCGCCUGGGCCCUGCGCGCCAGCCAGCCAAGCAGCCAGUCAGCGCGUGAGUGGCCCCGUGUCGCCUCCCUCUCUCCCCCCGCCCGCGCCUCCUUCCCCUCAGAGCGCCUGCGUACGGGCGCGCGGGCCUCUGCCGCCUUCUCUUCUCCCUCCUUCCCCCGCCCCCCCCCCGCGUCGGACCUUUCGCGAGCCCAGAAGAGGCGACGGCUGUGGUGGUGGCGGCGACGGCGGCCGCCAUGGCCCAGCGGGGGCCCAAACGCGGGCCGAGAUAGGGGGGCACGCGGGAAAGGCUGGGCCUCCCCACAUAGGUAGAGGCAGACACUCACACAAGCCUUACCGGGCCCGGAAAAGGGGAGGGCCCCACCAGAAGCAGGUCCAUUUUGAUUUCUCAUACUGUGGAUUCUGGCAAAAAGCAAGAAAAAAGAUGGGCGUCAAAACAUUUACCCACAAUUCCCCAGCACACAGUCAGGAGAUGCUUGGAAAGCUGAACAUGUUGCGUAAUGAUGGGCAUUUUUGCGACAUCACAAUUCGUGUCCAAGACAAAAUCUUCAGGGCACACAAAGUGGUAUUGGCAGCCUGCAGUGACUUUUUCCGUUCCAAGCUGGUUGGACAAGCAGAAGAGGACAGUAAAAGUGUAUUGGACUUGCAUCAUGUGACUGUAACUGGUUUCAUACCUCUUCUGGAAUAUGCAUACACAGCAACAUUGUCUAUUAACACAGAAAAUAUUAUUGAUGUUUUGGCUGCAGCUAGCUAUAUGCAAAUGUUCAGUGUUGCUAGCACCUGUUCGGAGUUCAUGAAGUCAAGCAUUUUAUGGAACACUCCCAGUAGCCAGCAAGAAAAGGUGCUAGAUACAGGACAGGAAAACAGUGCAAACUGCAACUUUACCUCUCGAGAUGGCAGCCUUUCUCCAGUUUCUUCAGAAUGCAGCAUGGUAGAAAGGACCAUUCCUGUUUGCCGAGAGUCACGGCGGAAGCGCAAAAGCUACAUAGUCAUGUCGCCUGGAAGUCCGCUUAAAUGUAGCACUCAAACAAACUCCCCACAGGUUCUGAAUCCUUCAGCUUCCUAUGCAGAGUCUAGAAGCCACCCCGUAGAUUCUUCCUUGGCUUUUCCUUGGACUUUCCCUUUUGGAAUCGACCGAAGGCUUCAGCCAGAGAAGGUGAAGCAAGUAGAGAACUCUCGGACUCUAGAAGUACCUGGCCCAGCUGACGCAUCCAGAAGAAUGACUGAUUAUAUGACUUGUGAGAGCACAAAGGUCAGUUCCCCUCUGGUGAUUGAAGAAGAUGUGCGUGUCAAAGUGGAGAGGUUAAGUGAUGAGGAAGUUCACGAGGAAGUGUCACAGCCUGUCAGCGCAUCCCAAAGUUCUCUGAGCGAUCAGCAGACGGUUCCUGGAAGUGAGCAAGUUCAGGAAGAUCUUUUGAUCAGCCCGCAGUCAUCUUCUAUAGGUUCAAUAGAUGAAGGAGUCACUGAGGGAUUGCCAACACUCCAAAGUACCUCUGGUGGUAAUGUUCAUGAUGAUGAUCGAUUGGAACCUGUCCAAUAUCCUUACCAGCUCUAUAUUACUCCUUCAACCAGUAGCAUAGAGAGACCCAGCCCAAAUGGUCCUGAUAGGCCUUUUCAGUGCCCAACUUGUGGUGUUCGAUUCACUCGAAUUCAGAACCUAAAACAGCACAUGCUCAUCCACUCAGGCAUUAAACCAUUUCAGUGUGACCGCUGUGGGAAAAAGUUCACCCGGGCUUAUUCGCUAAAGAUGCAUCGCCUGAAGCACGAAGGUAAACGCUGUUUCCGGUGCCAGAUAUGUAGUGCCACUUUCACUUCCUUCGGGGAAUAUAAACACCACAUGCGGGUUUCCCGGCACAUUAUCCGCAAGCCUCGGAUUUACGAGUGCAAAACAUGUGGCGCCAUGUUCACCAACUCUGGAAAUUUAAUCGUUCAUCUGAGGAGUCUGAACCAUGAAGCGUCAGAGCUAGCAAACUACUUCCAGAGCAGUGAUUUCCUAGUACCGGACUACUUAAAUCAAGAACAAGAAGAGACCCUCGGCCAGUAUGAGCUAGGAGAGCAUGGAUUUGAAAGCAGCUCCUCUGUCCAAAUGCCUGUCAUUUCACAGGUCUCAUCAACUCAGAAUUGUGAAAGCACUUUCCCCUUGGGGCCUCUGGGUGGGUUGGCAGAAAAGGAGGAAGACGUGCCAGAGCAGCCAAAGACUAUUGUAAGUGCCGAGGCAAACCGAGAUGAACCCCCGAAAACGGGGCUCUCGGCUAUUACAAUUGAGUAAGUCAAGAGUUUGGUUUCAUUUGUGUCUUUUUGGAAAGUGCCUGUGUUUGGUCUUGUACAUUUUAAUUUAAUUUUCAGAAUUGGGGGAGAAUGUACCCCUUAUUAUUUUGUAAGCUAUGCUGUUAAAACCAUAAACUGCAAGAGACAUUACACUAUUUUCACAACCAAACAGACACGUUUUAAGGCUGAAAUGCACAGUAAAAUUCUGUCUGAACAUCACAUGCACUUCUAAAGAAAAACCAAGCACACACAAACUCCAGUUAUUCUGCAGUUAGCACUAAUCACCAAGAGAUUCUUUUUUUUCCCAUUCUGGUUUUGCAGAACUUCUUGUAAAAGAAGGGAAAUGGAUGGCUCACAAAAUAACAAGUAAUGCAUUAAAAGUCAAGCACUGAACAGACAUUUGAUGAACGUUGGUAAUCAUUUCAGUAUUUUCACUUAGAAAGAAUUUCUUUGGUCUCUUACUUUUCUUGGGCAUGCAGUAACCUGAAAUUUACAGGACCUCCUCUGUUUUUAAAAGCGGAUGAUUGAUUGGCUUUGGCAAAGCAAGGGAGGGAAUAUGCCCCAGUAUGUUCACCUCUGGUAUGCCGCUCCUUUUUGGAAACUGUUCAUUGAAAUGGCCUUACCUGGAUUUUAUUCUGUGAAGUCUAACUGUUCUCUCUAGUCAACAAAUCCUAGUGACAUUUAAUAACUUGGGAUAGUGAAAAAGAAUGACAUGGAGAGAGUUUACAAAGGGCAAAAAGAGUUUUUGUGCAUUAAUGCGGUUAUACAUCUUUGUGUGUAGUUUUAUUAGUCUGUUUUAGAUAAACCAAGCAAUUUAUUUUCUUUUGGAGGCCAAGUUUCUAACCCAAAUGGGCUUGUUUACAAAAGGCCUGUUAGCAGUGAUAAAAUGUUCUUACUCUGAAACGUUUUUAUACCCUUCCAAGCUGGUUUCAUAAAAGCCAUUACUCCUGCUACAUACAGAGCUCCAACAAGCAAUAAUCUGAAAGACUUGCCAUUUCAUCCCCCUUCCCCCCAGUUUAUGGAAGGUUAAAAACAUACGAUAAGCAUUUCAAGCCGGCAGUUUUCGUUUCGUUGCCAGUGUCUUCUGUUAUUGGUAAGGCUUAAAAAUUUAAAUUAAAAGUUUUAUAAGUUCCUUUACUUGAUUACUGUCAAGCUUCAUAAUUCAGCUAAUACAAAAAAGAUUUAUUCAAGGAAGUGCCAUUGAAUUGAAUUUCAUGUCACCAUCAUCAAAGUGAAAGAAAACUGGGAAAAGGGCUGAUAGGAACAAAAGAAUUGUUGAGUAACUGCGGAGGUCAAAUAACAGGGUUGAUAUUUUGUGCAGCAGCGCUUGAAGCCUUGAAGACGGAGGCAGUCCGUUUCCAAGGUAUGUGAUGUUUCUGCUUAUUAUAGCACAUCCAUCCAAUCAAAGUGCUCCUUGCACUUUUCCGCUAUUUUAGUAAAGGGCUUCAGAGGUAAAUACUAACCAAUUUUAAAUUUAAGUGUUCUGUUAAAUAGGUUUUUUCUUCCCGUGAAUUUUUAAACAGAUAUUUUAAAAAUAAAAAUUAAAGCAUUUUUCCAGAUUUGUAAAAAUAAUGUUUGGGGCUAGAGGUGUAUAUUCUUGAAGAACUCCAUAGCAAAGGAUUAUGGGCUUAGAAGAAGUACAGUGGUUUGCAUGGCUUCAUCAUCAACUCAAAAACCAGCAAACGAGGCCGCUCGCUAUUUGUAAAGUGAUCUUAGCAUUCUAAUAAGUAUGUUGGAACGAGUCUCAGUGAUGAACGCUGAACAGUUGCAGACAGAUUCAUGCUUUACAGGCAGGGCUUUUCUUCAGGGGGAACGGAGUUCCGGAACCUCUUGAAAAUGGUCACAUGGCUGGUGGCCCCGCCCCCUGCUCUCCAGUUUAGAUUGCCCUCCGCGCCAUGGCACGGAGGGCAAUCUAAACUCCCCUCUGUCUGGAGAUCAGAGGGCAGGGCCACCGGCCAUGUGACCAUUUUCUCUGAGGGCAACCCUCUGAGUUCCACCACCUCUUUUCCCAGAAAAAAAGCCCUGUUUACAGGUAAUGUAAAGUAUGCCUGUUUUUAGCUUCUCAUCCACAGACUCACUUGUUUUACUCACCCAUGUGCAAAUGAUACAGGAAAUACUAAAGCAGGUGAUCUACAUGAAUGGAUUUUUAGGAGAUUUAAAAUCUGGUAUCAGAUUGCAAAUUGAUUUCUGAAAGUGGAAAAAAACACUAAAAGAAGACAUUCUUAAUAGUUUGUGCUUUGAGCUCAGUCCACUGUCCUUACAAAAAUUAAAAAGUGAGCCUAGUUAUUAUUUGCAUGAACUGUAGUCUACUGUGUUGUGUCACAGUUUUUUAAAGUCCUCAUCUUGUUGUAUUUAUUUGUUAUUCUUAAUGAAGUAUCAAUUCAUAAUUCUCUCUUUUUACAAGAGAGAGGGUUUGGGGAAGGGCGGUACAUAUAAAAUGUCCCUUGAUAAAAGAACAUGCCCCUCCCCAUAGAGCUACUGGCCAAUGAAAUAAGUCUCUUUUUGUUGUUGUUUUUAGUUCCAGAAUGUUUUGUUUGUUUAACCACAGAGAGACUUCCGUUGUUAGAAAUGCUUUAUGAUAAAACACUGUGGAUUACAACUGAGGAUCAAAAAGAAGGCCAGUUUCUAACCUCUUGGCCAACCCAAAACAUUGUAGCCCCAUUGAUUUUUAAAUUGAACUUACUUCCAAGUUAAUAUGUCUUUCUUGCCAAAGUCAGAAAUAGUAAAUAGGCAUCUUGUAGCAUACUUGGCCCCUGAAAGCCUAGACAUUCUGGCCAGCCCUUUGACAAAUGCAAGUGAGGGCCAAACCAGAUGUGAUGUUGUGGACCUUUUAAACAAUACUGUGCUCCCUUAAAUAGCAGGUGCAUGCAGGCCCAACACUGACUGGGACUGAAGUGUUUCUUGAAAUAGUCUGGCUCAAAAUCGGGACCACAUGUAGCACUAUUCAAAAGGAUCACCAUUCAUGGAAUUCCCAGCCUCGCCUCUUUGGCCCUCAGUGGCUCGCCUUCACCCACCUGCUCAUCCUAAGAUCUGAAUGGACAAUUCUAAAGAGGUCUGCAGUGCAAUCUUAAACACAGUUAGAUCCUUAAGCUCACUGAAGUCAAUGGGCUGAGGAGGGUGUAACUCUGCCUAUGUUUGCAGUGCUAGUACCUAAAAGGAGAAUGAACUUACAUCCUCUGAGGUGCCACUGCAGUCUUCCUCAUGCAGAGUUUAUGAAUAAACCAACUUCCAAGUGAUUGAUCACAAAGGUUUACUACAGCCUUAAAAGUCUGGCCAUCUGUGCUUUAAAUUAAAGUAAAAAUAAGUUCAAUUUUUUUUCUAGAGCAACAUCACAAGAAUUGCAUUUGUAGGCAAAUGAUGUUUUCAGCAUAAGAUCGUAAACUUGGGUUCACUUUGGUGACAAGAGUAGAAUCCUCUUAAGCAGCUCUUGGCUCUGCGAUUACUGUCCAACUUAAUUCCUACAGUGGCUUGGUGAAGCAUUACAUCAUGUUAUCUAUCUAUCUCCCAAGUAUCAGGAUGUACUAUACAGCUUUCCCUUCCGUGGCUUGUAACAAAAAGAGCUUUAUAUUCAGAUGGAAGGCGUCUGUUCCCACAAAAUUUGGAACGAGGGACACUGACGGGGGCUAGUAUCCACACCUGACAUUUUUCUCACUUCUCUCCCACAGAAGGAGCAGAAUUGCACAGUGCCGUGAGGAUUAAAAAGGUGUUUAGGGAUUUUUUUUAAUGUGCUGACAGAUCACACUCCCUAGAGGCCCUAUGGAGAGUGCACAUACAUUGGAGAUGAGGUUACGUUUCCCCAAACUGCAAUAUGGAAUGUCAGCUUCAUGUAGCAUAAUGUCUUUCUAUCACCAGCUUGUUUCCCUUGGAUGCACGUUUGGGAAGUCAAUUUGACCUCUCUUCUCAGGCUGACCAAUUUUAUGCUCACAGUUCUAACGCUGAACAUAAUAUUCGGCUCAGUUGUUGAGAAUAGUUCUAGUUUUGGCACUUAUCCUUUGACUGAAAAGUGUAAAUGUGAAUCUUUUCUUUUUAAACGAAAGCAACGUGCCAGUGUAGCAAAAGAAAAACCUUAUAGAGAGAUGUUAUAUUUUAUAAAAAAUAUAGUCCCUAGGCCCAAAAAGAGAUUAAAAUUGUAUUUUUUUAAUAAUGCCUUUGCAAAUUUUUAAAAUAGUGGCUUUGGCCAAAUUUUUUAGUUUGUUUUUUGGUUACUAACUUUUUUCUUCACCACCCUCAAGAUAGCAGAGGGUUAGAUUCUGUCUCCUUACCACCAUCACCUUCCUUCCAUAGAGACUGCAGAACUCCUUGUAUCUAGAAUGGUUUGGAUAGCAUUUAAUACAAAGGAGGGGCAAUUUCUGCUUCUUGGUUGCCUUGCUGCAGAAGGCCUUUCUUUUCUCAUCCCAAACAAGAACAAAAUGUUACUGUUACUGACCUCCAGCUUUGCAGGAACAAGUGGUCCCUGCCCAAAUCCAGGCUAGUAUUCUGCCAUUCAUUGAGGCUUUUGCAGGGCCACGUAUGGCUGGGAAGCGGGGUAGAAAUAUAUAAAAAUAAAUACUAGAGCUUAUCAGUAGAAUCAAGCUGGUAUUAAAAAUACAAAAUCUAUUUUUAAAAUUGAGAAAAUGUGGUUUUUAAUUUUAAUCCUCUGUAUGGUAUUGAAGUACUUCAGUGGAUCUUAUAAAGCUUACCCAGGGAUCCGGCUGUGUUAAGGGUGCUUUCAUGCAGCAUUGUGAGUGAACAAGAGGGUUUGAAGACACCUCAAAAGGGGCAGGUUUUUUUGCUGCUGCUAUUCUGAUAGUCCUGACUACCAGAGGCUUGAGAUUGCUUUCUGGCUUCACUUAUGCAGUGCUGACUGUGUCUGGGUGCCUUUAGAAAAAUGGGGCAGCAAUGUAAGAAUUGAGUUCUCGGUGGGGGGGGGGGGUCUGCAGCAGCAACAGCUUGAUCCUCCCUCCCCCUUUUAACUGUGCCAGCCUUCAGUCACCAGCCGCCAUCCCGUACAGCUUCCCUUGUCCGUGCCGACCGCAGCUACACUACUUGGCAUGUUUAUUGACUUAAUGGAAAUGUUUCUUGGGUUUGUUUUUGUUUUUUAAAUGUUGAAAUACACUUUGCAUUUUAUAUACUAUAUCUGGCUAUUAGUAUUUUUCAGGAACCCAUAGUUCUCGGUGGCUAUAUAUAUAUUUUUGUGACUUUUUGUAAACUAAAGUGCCGUUUCACUGUUACAAUCAUUUUUAGAGUUCUUGUAAUCAAUGUGAAUAUCAUGGUUUUUUCAAAUCUGUUCUGAGCCUGUAGUGUUCGCUUUUGUGAUUCUAUGUGUAAUGUAUAUAUUCUGUAUAGUUACAUUGUACUGAAAUAUUAGCUUGUUUGAUAUAAGAAGAAUAUGUAUUGGGUACCUUUUUUGCUAGCCUGGUUGUUUAAUCUUUAAAAAAAACCCUUCAAAAUUUUUAAAAAAUCUCCAGACUGGUCCCAUUAUAAGUCAAAAUUAAGAGGGAAGAAAAACUAGUUUUGAGUGUCUUUGGAUAGAAACAUGAUGCUAAGAUUUUUCAUUAAAAUAUUAAUGUUUUAUGGAGUAA